AUGCCCAAAGUAGGGGGCAGAGAAGAGAAAGGCCAUCCAACCACCCGCAAGAUCCUUACAAGACAGGCCAUUUGGAUCCAUUUGGCAAGGCAAAAGCCCGAGCUGGAGGGCUUUGUUUGUGAAGCAUGUGUCACAGUGGCAGGGCCAGGGUUCAAAGCCUUCAGAAAGAGGAAGGAGCAGGAAUUGUACUAUUUCAACAGGAUGGCCUUCCGUGUGUACACAGAGUUGGGCUCCGUUUCUGAAACAUCGACUAUCCUUCCGAAGUACUGCUUGGUGAAGGGUGGUGGGUCAGACAUGAAGCUCCAGAAUGACCAGGUGUGCCCAGAGGUUUUGGCAAUGGGCGUGGUUGGCUCGGCUGACCCUCAAGAUCGCCUGAUGAAGUUGGUGGAUCCUGCAGGACAAUGUCUGGAAGCUGGCAAAGACGGUACCUUCCCAACACUGAAACGUUCCUCUUGCGACUCUCAGAAGCCCAAGCAGCUGAUUUCACCCAUGGCGAUCCCAUCCUUGCUCUGGAGCAUGCAUCAGGUUGCGGACCGAAAUGCUCAACAAGACCUUCACUUGUCGUACUCCUCGUUUUGUGGAGCUCACGGUGCUUUGUCAAGCCUUGCCUUUCAGCAGAUCUUCGCAGGAGAGGGCAGAAGAAGAUCAGCAAGGCCACUGUCUUCCUGUCAUUUUGCUCCAGUCAUCAAAUUUGGCACAUUCGUUGCAACAGGGAUCACCAGAGACAAGACGACGAGCAAUUGGCCGAAUUGGAACACGCAGAUGGCGGACAACCCCAUUCAGUGUCCAGAUGGUGAAGCCUUGACAGGCUUCAAGCUCGAGAGCGCUUCGAAGAAGUUCAUGUACGAGUGCAGCCGCAUUGGCGGCUUGGGUGCCCAAUAUGAGUACUUUACCAGUCAGGUGGAAGUCCCUACGUUCGAUGCGAAUCCAAACAACUGGUUGAAGUCAAUCAGGAUGCUGAAAAUUGAUUGCGGAGAGAAUGCCUUGCUGAGCGGAUUCCACUUCGAGUUCUCCGAAGGAGGUCGCUGGGCUCGUUCCAAAUUCACCUGUUCCAAAGCGGGUGGCGCCCCCGUGGUGAUGGAGCCAUCCACCACGGUGGAAACGCAGUUUCAUCGUUCGGAAGGGGUGUUCUGCCCUGCGUUCCGGAGCACGGACACCGGUCGAUACACCUAUGAGAACUCAAUCACAGGCGACACCUUGGUCUUCCAGGAGGAUGGGCGAUGGUGCGUCAGAGGCGAUUGCUCCAAAAAGAUCGGUGGAGAGAACCCCAUUGAUGCCACGAUGGACAAGCUUGAAGUGGCCAACGUGACAGACUUCGAUGGCGAGUUCGAAGCCAAAGGCGUGCCUGACAUGAGCGAGGGUGGCGCAGCGGGAUUGGCCCAGAAACUGAAGAGGCUGAAGCCACCAAAGAGGCCAGCGCAACCACCCAAGCCCAAGCUUGCGGAAUUCAAGGCGGAGCAACCCAAGUAUGCCGAGGAAUGCCUGAAUUAUGAAGACCUGUGGAAGAAGAUCAUUGAAACGCAGAAGGGAGAGGAUGAUGAACCUGUGACUGAAGAGAAUACACUGGAAGCCGAAGAGGGGACGGAGGGACAAGAACUAUUGGAUUACCAUCCUUGUGCAGUAGCAGCUGGUGCUGGUGGGGUCUUUGGCAAGCUUGCUGGACAAAGCGGAAAGCUGGCGCCGGAGAACAUGCUCUACUCUGAUUGGAACGAAUGCAUGCAAGGAGACAUCAACCGAGAUCUUUACAUGGCACAUUGGGACUUUGCUGGCUUUAUUCAUGAGUUGACAGCGGAAGUGGUCACAGAAGGCAUCAACCUGGUGUGCGAAGCACCACCGGACGUGGAAAUCGCUCCCUUGGGGGCUGGAGUCGAAGUCGAACCAGACGAAAUUUGCGAAUCGGCCACUCAGUUCGCCGAGGCGCUGAGCAGUUUCCCCUUCGAAUACAUGGCUUCGUGGAACGCAUACGCGGUGGAGAAGGAGGGCUUCAUGGCAUGCAAUCCAUUUCAGGUGGGCUUCUCCCGGCUCUUCUGCGACAUUCAUUGUGUCCGCGACGCAGUGGUCCGGGGCGAUCGCACCAUCAUUCGGAACAUGGAGAAGGCCACGAAGAUCACGAAUGACAACAUGAAGAAGAUGGUGGAGUGGUCGACAGAGGCCAAUCGUGCAGAGACGGAGUACUUGGACAAGAAGAUCGAUCAUUCUCUGAAGGUCAACACUUUGUACCUGGACACCAUCAUGAAGCAAACUGAGCCACAGAGCCUCCAAGAUGUGGCUGCCACGACGGGUUCCAUGCUUGAAGAGCUCGACGGCAUGGCCGAGGCUUCAUCCUUCAGCGAAGCUUCCAGACGAAGUGCCAUUGGUGGGUUGACCCACUUCGUUGAGCACGCAGAGCAGAUGCAGUCCACAGGCAACCUAAGCCUGCAAAUGGAUCAUGCAGGCAAGUUUCAGUCCCAAGUCAGUGCGCUCUACCAGACUCUCAAAGGCAGCAGCAACGGCAUGACGAAGGCCCAAGUGGUUGGGAAGCAGAUUGCCUUGGAGGCGAACCGGUUGCAAAAGCAGCUCCGUGGGCAGCUACACAUGUUGGGCAUCUACCGACGUCAAAGCGAAGCUGCACACAAGGAGGCAAUGUCUUGGAACACCAGUGAUGUAGUGGUGACUUUGGAUCACCUGUGGUGGAGGAUUCGCGACCAGCUGGACAAGCACCUUGAUGCUGCGGAACAGGAGGUGGCGCGCUAUCGCUCGGCCUUCGCCAGCUUGGAGGAUUUCCAGAAUUGCAAGUCCAGCUUCAGCGACUUGCUCUCGAGCUAUGCGAAGAGUAUGUCAGUGAUGACGAAGAAUCAUCACAAGCUUCAUAAGCUGUGGCGGGAGGCCUCAAACUCGAUCGGAGAGCUUGCCGCUGUCAUCCAGGAUGGCGAUGUCUUCGGUAAGUUCAUGAAAGAGGAAGGCUGCAAAUCUGCCAUGGCUUUGCAGACCUUGAAGCAGACCACCAUAGCUGUCCAGGGGAUGGGCUUCUUGCAGCAUCGCUUCCACGUGGCCGGGCUGAAGCCGCCUCAACUGGACACCAUCAAGACGGCAGCAUCCCAAGUGAAAGGAGCCUACAAAGGCGCCUUGAAGAUCUGCAGGAAGUGAUGAAUUUGGGCAGUCCAGCGGGCUGUAUGCUCGCGCUGGGUUUUCAAUGCAGAUUUGAAACAAUAGAUUGUUUCAUUCCAAGACCUGCGAUUGCUCGAAUUUCAAAAGGUGGCUGUUUCCAGUGUGGGUAAGAUAUUGUGUAUGUGUAGUUUGUCCAAAAAAAAGGGACGACUCCAGCUAAGUGGCUAAGUGGAUCAUCCAUAGUACUGUAAGCAGGAUUUAACUGUUGUGAUUGAGACCAGCACAUAUUGACAAGAAUGAACAGCAUGUUUGCCGGAGGAUCAGAUGGGAUUCAAACCCAUCAUUGUGAAGGAGUCUCCACUUAGACCGCCUGCAGAGACAUGUUAUUUGAGGCAAGAAUAACACUCGCGGACCUUGUUCCCACCAAAGUAUGCUUCUGGAAGAGCUUUGUUUGCUGCGUAGGGUUUGUGUUCUUCCUUUGCAGUUUGUAGUUGAAGCGACACAUGGUGAGCCACUGCGGGCACAGGUAGGUACGUGGUGGUCACCUGAGUUUUCCAAGCUGGCAGUCAGCUGUCUUGUUUGAAUUACUGUACAUAUAUAUAUAUACACGGUAAGAUCCAGCAGUGCACCCAAGUGACACGGACAAGAGAGUGACGCAAAUAAAAUAGAUUGCGACCCUGCUGUUUGUAGGAAGCAAGUAUAUAACAAGUGAUUUGCACAAAUAAGAUGAUUGGAAGCGCACGAAAAUUACAAUCAUACGUUGCAUUCAACAUGGUGUCACCAAAGAACACAUAUAUACUGAGAUCCUUGACAAAUCAACAGCAGCUAGAUGAGCACAAGAUUAGAAGCGAAUCAAAGUGAGACAGUGCUUAUCAGAUGGCCACACAAGCAAAUCCGCGAUGUCCGCACAGUUCGCUUGAACAUGCUACAAACGCACCGGAAUGACAUUCAGAAGCGGAUCACAUUUUUGCGUUUGCAAGGACAUGUCAACCUAAAUGAACAAUUUGGUGAUUGUUUUUGUCCGAGCGAGCCAAGAGUUCAAUUCUCCGCUUGUGCAUUUGGGCUUAGGCCAUUUGCUUAGACUAAUCUUUGAGGCCAGACAAAGCCAG